AAUCAUUCGCAGCCAUGGUGUGCCUCAUCCCUGACUCCUGAGGCCAUUGGUGAGAAAGAGUCGCCUCGGGAGGACGCACCUGGACACGCCUCUGAGAGCUCCGACCUCCGACCUCCGACCUCCGAGUCCGAGUCCGAGAGAUCCCCAGCUCAACUCUGACCCGCCAUAUCGGACGAAUCCGUUCCAACCCCCUCAAUCCCCCCAUUUCCAAGAAGGCUCCCCUCUUCGAUCUCCCUACUAAAGCCCCCCGCCAUGUCCUCCUCCUGCGUCUCCCACCACCACCAGGCCGUCCGCCCCCGCCACGGCGGCCGCCUCCCGCGCCCAGCGGCCGCGUCCUCGUUCGCGCCGCCGGCGCUGCCCCUCCGCCGCCGGGCGGCGCGCGCCGCCGCGACGAGCGCCGAGGCUGCCCCGGGCGUCGCUCCGGCGGAGGAGGCGGGGCGGCUGCGGGGGGCGGCGGUGCUGGCCGAGAUGGCGGAGGAGGCCGCCGUCUGGUGCGCCGUGCACGGGCUCGUCGUCGGGGACCGCGCCGACCCGAGAUCAGGAACUGUACCUGGUGUCGGCCUGGUUCAUGCCCCAUUCUCGCUGCUUCCAGCGCGUUUCCCGGCAUCCUUUUGGAAGCAAGCGUGCGAGCUGGCUCCUAUCUUCAAUGAGCUCGUCGAUCGUGUGAGCUUGGAUGGAGAAUUCUUGCAAGCUGCAUUGUCUAGAACGAAGCAGGUAGAUGAAUUCACCGCUAGGCUGCUAGGAAUUCAUGAGAAGAUGAUGGCAAUAAAUAAGAAAGAGGAUAUCCGCUUAGGAUUGCACCGAUCUGACUAUAUGCUGGAUUCUGAAACCAAUUCACUGCUUCAAAUAGAGCUCAACACUAUUUCAUCAUCCUUUCCUGGCCUUGGUUCCCUUGUCAGUGAACUUCACAGGACCUUACUAAAUCACUAUGGAAAAGUUUUAGGCCUAGAUUCUAAAAGGAUACCACGGAAUUGGGCCGCUACUCAAUUUGCUGAAGCAUUGGGCAAAGCAUGGGCUGAGUAUAACAAUGAUAGUGCUGUUGUUUUGAUGGUUGUUCAACCUGAAGAAAGAAAUAUGUAUGACCAAUACUGGCUUGUCAAUCAUUUGAAGGAAUCAUAUGGUGUGACGACUAUAAGGAAAACAUUGGCUCAAGUUGAAGCUGAAGGGCAGGUGCUUACGGAUGGAACACUUGCGAUAGAUGGUCGUACCGUUGCUGUUGUAUAUUUCAGAGCUGGGUAUGCACCAACUGAUUACCCUUCAGAAGCGGAGUGGAGAGCGAGACUUUUGAUGGAACAGUCAUCUGCUAUAAAGUGUCCUUCAAUAUCAUACCAUUUAGUAGGAAUGAAAAAGAUCCAGCAGGAAUUAGCAAAACCUAAUGUCCUUGAAAGGUUCCUUGACAACAAGGACAUUGCCAAACUACGUAAAAGUUUCGCAGGAUUGUGGAGCUUGGAUAAUGAAGAGAUUGUGAAAUCAGCAAUAGAGAAACCUGACCUUUUUGUCUUGAAGCCUCAGCGAGAAGGCGGAGGGAACAACAUAUAUGGUCAUGAUUUGCGAGACAUGCUGAUCAAGCUCCAAAAGGAACAAGGGGAGUCACUUGCAGCAUACAUACUGAUGCAGAGGAUUUUUCCGAAAGCUUCUCUUACUCCCCUAGUUAGGGGCGGUGAUUGCUUCGAGGACCUUACAAUCUCUGAGCUAGGGAUAUAUGGAGCCUACCUGCGGAACAAAGAUAAGGUGAUCUUAAAUAAUCAGAGCGGUUACUUAAUGCGCACCAAAGUUUCUUCAUCAAAUGAAGGUGGUGUUGCUGCAGGAUAUGCUGUUUUAGACAGUAUUCUCCUCACUGAUGAGUGAGACAGGAAAGGCUGAGUUACAAGUGACAACUGACCUGAACCAGUGACAGUACCCACAGUCAAAAGAUCGCAGUGUCAUUGGGCACAAAUUGAUCUUGGCUGCAAUUGGAGAAAAACUGUGAAUAUAGCGUACAUAAUACCAGACAGCAGAUGCUACACCUUGGAUGGAGAAGAUGGUAUUGGUAUUUGCUUGAAGAAACCCUAGACGAGAAAACGGAACGGGAUCAUGAAGAAGCUUAUGUUGUCAUAGUUUCAUGAAUUUGUAUAGCACCAUAUAGAGCCGCAUCCGAGCCUGAUGUUUCAUUUGAGUGGUUCCAUUCUGUAUUUUGGCGACCUUUAUUCCUGACCAUGAGGAUAAUUGUAUUGAGUAAGAAUUGAAUAAAGCUUUUUUUAAGAGAAGUUGUACAGCAGAA